AUGGACAAGUACAAAAUAUUAACUUUAAUAAUAAGCAUAUGGACGUUACGAGUUCGUUGUAAUUACGAUGGCAGACCCAAGAUUUGGAGUUCUAAUGGGAACCUCUACUUUGAAACAGCUAGAGGAAAGAGUAUUUAUUUACGUACCCAUGGACCAGGAUCAAGUGUUAUCCUUGGUGAUAAUAAUCUGAUCACCGAUGCCAAACCGGACAACACAAUAGUACCAGCAAUCAAUGAAAUAGACAACCUUGCUUAUGCUUUGAACGACGUCAUUAAAAGACUCCGAGGGUUAGAGAAUGGCAAUUUCGUAUCUCAAGAUAAUUUCCUAAGGAAUUGCUCAAUUUUAUCUAGAAGGAUUAAUAGAAUAGCGAAUACACUGAGCCACUUGGAAAGCCAAGUUAACAGCUGGUCUGGAGAUCAAUGUCAAAUUCAUACAUGUCAAAAUGGAGGAACUUGUCUUAAUUUAGCUGGAGGCUUCCACUGCCUGUGUCCAUCAAAUUGGGAAGGUAGAAACUGUGAGAUAGAUGUUGAUGAAUGCCUCAUUUAUAACGGCACAGAUUUAGGUUGUCAAAAUGGAGCAGACUGCAAAAACCAACCGGGGACCUACGAAUGUAAAUGCAACACGGGGUGGUUCGGUACCCACUGUACAAGGAGAAAGUUGGACUGUUCUGCAGGCAAUGAUGAAAUGUGCGGGCACGGAGCAUGUGUGUCAGUGAAUUCAAAAGAAGGAAUUGAGUGUAUUUGUGACCAAGGAUGGACUAAAAAUAGCAGUGUCGCCUGUACAACAGACGUGGACGAAUGCGACACUAGUUUAGGCUCGCGAUGUUCAACAAAUCCGAAAGUGGAAUGCAUUAAUCUUCCUGGUUCCUUCAGAUGUGGACAAUGUCCUUCAGGAUUUCAUGGAGAUGGAUAUGUGUGUUAUGAUAUAGACGAAUGUGCGAUUAAUAACGGCGGUUGCAGCUCAAUGGUGUCAUGUCACAAUACAGUCGGAUCUCGCUUAUGUGGCGCUUGCCCUCCAAGUUUCAUCGGUGACGGAAUCACGUGCACGUGGAGAGGCUCCUGCAAUAUCGAUCAUGGAGGAUGUCAUCCAUCAGCCAGGUGUGUAGAAAAUGUGGGACUUGGCGGCGGACCUCAAUGUGAGUGCCCUCAAGAUAUGGAAGGCAAUGGAAUCGGCACCCAUGGAUGUUAUGUCGCUGCGGAUAAUGGUACAAGGAGUUGUGAAGCUAACCCCUGUGGUUCAAAUGGAAGGUGUCAUAUGGUUCGUGGAGGUUACACGUGCUUCUGUUUACAAGGAUUUACUGGUGCUCAUUGCGAUAUUAAAACUGAUAGUUGCGCGUCAAAUCCAUGUAAGAAUGGAGGAGUCUGUAAACCUGAUCAUAGUACUGGAUUUAGAUGUGAAUGUACCUCACAAUUCAUAGGUAAUCUUUGCCAGGAACGGUCUUAUUGUGGAAGCAUAUUGCGAGCUGAAGAAGGUAAUCUUUUCUAUCCAUUAACAAACAUAGCUUCCGAAAGCAAUUCUAAGUGUGCCUGGCUUAUUCGUACUGAUCCAGAUAAAGUUAUCAACGUAACAUUUAGUCGAUUCCACUUGGAGCGUUCGCCUGAUUGUAAUUUUAAUUUCUUAGAAAUUCACGAUGGUCGCAACACUGCCGAUCCUCUCAUAGGAAGAUUUUGUGGCGACGAUCCACCGAAUGGAGGCAAUAUUGUUUCAAACCAGCAUAACUUGUAUUUGUGGUUCCUGACAAAUAGCGUUGAUAAUCGAAAUAGAUUUGCACUACAUUGGAACAGUAUAGCACCUAUUUGUGGUGGUGAAGUAAAUGCUACAAUACAUGGUUCUAUUAGUUCUCCCGGCUCACCUGGUUGGCCCGAUAAAUACAGCAGGAACCUCGACUGCAUUUGGGUGAUAAAAGUACUAACAGGACAACAAAUCAGACUAAAUAUAACUCAGUUCGAUGUUGAAGAACCAGGUGUUUUUAAUGGAUGUCAUGAUUACUUAAGAGUGAGGAAUGGUCCGUCUGAAUCGUCUCCUGUGAUUGGUGAAUAUUGCGGUAAAUUCAAAUGGAAAUCAGUUACUUCUAUGGCCAACACCAUUUAUAUACAUUUCCAUUCUGACGCAUGGACUAGGGGCGGUGGAUUUCAAAUCGAAUGGGAUAGCACAGUCACCGGUUGUGGAGGCACAUUUACAGGUUCAGUUGGAUUCAUAUCAUCACCGAACUAUCCAGAAAAAUAUGCAGAGAGCUCUGAAUGUUUUUACAGGAUUGUUACAAAUCCUGGUUCAAAAAUAAAAUUAAAGUUUUCAGUUUUUGAACUAGAACAAUUUUGUGAUGAUUACGUCGAAAUUUUUGAUGGUCGAGAUCCCGAAUCCCCAGGUUUAGGAAGAUAUUGUAAAAUGCCUCCUGUCAUUAUAACUACAAGCAACUUCGCAUUUAUAAAAUUUAGAUCUGAUUUUGCGAUGAAUGGUAAGGGCUUUUUACUAGACUACGAAGCAAUAUGCAACAAUAAUGUUACUGGACAAUACGGAGUUAUCGAAAGCUUGAAUUAUCCUGAUAGUUAUCCGGGUAACAAGAAUUGUACAUGGAUUAUCAGUGUACCAAAAGGUAACAAAAUCAAUGUAACUUUUACUAAUUUUAAUAUUGCAAGUGCACAACCGAUGUACGGCAGCUAUUACAAUAGAUUUUUGUUUAAUCGUCCUUAUCCACUUGAACAGCGAUCAACUUGCGAAGAUUAUCUUCUAAUAGGCGAGCCGAAUUUUAUAAACGCUAAACCGCGAUAUUGUGGUUUCAAUAUACCACCACAAAUGAGUACAAAUGGAAACACAUUACAAAUAUCUUUUAAUACAGUAAAUAAAAUGAGAUUGUUCAAAUAUUCAGGCUUUAGACUAGAAUGGUUGAGCUACGGUUGCCAAAAUCACAUCAAGAAAAGUUUUGGCAUGUUUAAUAAAACGGCAUCAUCUAGUGAUCAGAUAGAGUGUUAUUGGUUGAUAGAAACGCCCGCUGGGUCAAGUGUAAUGCUUCAAGUUACGAAAGUGUACGUACUAGAGACGACCGGCUGUAACACUGAUGCUAUAGAAAUAUAUAAUGGUCCCGAUGAACAUUCACCACUUCUUACUAAAUUCUGUCAUAACACUGCAACAGUACAGUCGACGUCAAAUUUGUUACUUUUGAAACUGAUAAAGAACUCAUCACUAAAAGAUUUACAUUUUACAGCACAUUUUCAUUCAGUACCUUUGACCUGUGGUGGUUAUAUGAACGCGCCAUCUGGUAUUAUAACUUCAAAAAAUUAUCCCAAAAAUUAUGAGAGUAAUUUGGACUGCGUUUGGACAAUUACAGUAUUGCAUGGUCAUCGAGUAAGGCUUGAAUUUAUGGAUAUAGACUUGAAUUAUUCAGAAAAUGACUGUAGUGAUUCCAUAAGAUUAUUCGACACGAAACAUGGAAUAUUAAGUAGCAACUACUCUUAUAUUAUUUGCAAUAAGCUGUCACAAAAAGUAUAUACAUCGAAAGAAAACAUGUUGCGAGUUCAAUUUAUAACAAAUAAAGGAAUAACUGCUAGAGGAUUCAAAGCCACUUUUUCCACGGUAUGUGGUGGUGUUAUAACAGCGUCAGAAAACGGAAUUAUAAAUGCUGAUAAUUUUAUAAGUCAAUCAAAUUACAGCUGCAUUUGGACUAUUCUCGCGCCAAGAUUAGAACAAAGGGUGUCAUUAACGUUAACGCAUUUAUCGUUACCUAUUCAUAAUGAUCAAAGGACAAAUCAAACGUGUCCCAAUUCUUAUCUGAGAGUACUUGAUGGAAAUGAUGAAAAUGCCCCACUUAUUGACGAGUACUGUGGCCGCACGGUGCCUCCGACGAUAGUUAGUCAUGGAAAUGCACUCACAGUUUAUCUUGGAACACAUGAUGAUAGAAUUUCUGGAACAUUUUCAGCGUAUUAUUCAUCUGUGAAUUCCGCAUGUGGCGGAACUUUAACUUCAGAAAGUGGUGUCAUUGCUUCACCGAACUAUCCUUCUUCAUAUCCUGUUAACGCUCAUUGCGAAUGGACACUUAAAACAUCGCCUGGAAACAAGGUCGCAAUUAAUAUCGACAUGUUGGAUAUAGAUUUCUCUGAAGAGUGUAACGAAGACUACCUAGAAAUUCGCGAAGGUGACGGGGCCGGCAAAAUACUAGGACUUUAUUGUGGCAAUGUGCUUCCCAGCAAUACUACUUCAGCGUCACAAUUAUUCAUCCAAUUCCGUAGUGAUAACAAAAACCCUGGUCGCGGAUUCCUUCUUCAUUAUAAUUUCAUUCACGGAAAUGAUAUUACCGAUUUAGAUUAUGGUGAAAUAGCCUCUCCACUGUAUCCACUCUCGUUUGAGGGCACGGGUGAGUAUUGGUGGCGUGUGACCACCAGUAACGGAAUUAUUAAUAUAAAAGUUGACAAAUUACUAAUACACUCUCAUAGUGAAAUUUGCGAAAACAACUUAAGUAUUUACGAUGGAUAUGAUGAAGAUGCACCUCUUUUGAAAAAUCUCUGUGGAGCUUUACACAAUAGCGAAGAAAUAAUGCGAACCACAUCUAAUGCUGCGUAUAUUAAACUGACUUUAAAUGAACCACACGCGGGAGCUUUUUUUCAUCUUCAGUGGUCUCGUGGAGAUAGAGAUUUAGAUCAAGCUAUGGCUAAAUCAAACUGUGGCAGAAAUAACACCAUUACUAUAGGCCCUGAAUUUUUUACUGAAUAUUUUUCCACACCAAAUUAUCCUGAUCAUUAUGACAAUAAUCUUCAUUGUGAAUGGGUAUUCAAGACUACACUUGGUCGACAUUUACAAUUGCUGUUUUCUGAUUUCGAUAUUGAAGAACGGGAGCCAUGUACUCUUGGCGAUUAUGUAUCUAUAUUUGAAUCGAAUGUACCAGCGGAAUGGAAACCAGUGAAAGAAAAUUUAUGUCUAUACAAAGAUAUUAAAGGAUCUUUUGAAGCUUCUACUUUUAUGAAAAUUAUUUUCCAUAGUGAUUUCUCACACACAAGAAAGGGAUUCCUUGCUCAAGUUAUGUCUACAUGCGGGGCUAAUUUAACUGAUUCAUCGGGAUUCAUUGAGGUUACUGUUUUUGAUUUUAAAGGAUUACCUUAUAGAUGUGAUUGGAGAGUAAAAGUUCGUUUAGGUCGUCGCAUAAAAUUAGAGUUCAUAAAUUUUAAUAUCACCAAUACAGAAAACAACUGUAAAACCUAUAUUGUUUUGCGCAAUGGUGAAUCUUUGGAUUCUCCUAAACUAUCCAAUGGUAAAUACUGCGGUUAUUCACAUGAAAAUAGGAGUGCAAUGAUAACAUCUGGAAACAGCUUGCUUGUUAGUUUUAUUACGAAUGAAAGAAAUUACAAUCAAAAAUUUAAACUGCAUUAUGAAGAAAUGCAAAGUAAUUGUGGAUUUCAAUCUAAGUUAGAUGCCGAUCAUACUUGGGAAAUUAUAAGCUCGCCUAACUAUCCUAAUGUUCCUGAUCCUUACACUGAAUGCAACUGGGUUAUUACUGGACCUGUUGGAGAAAUAUUAAGAGUUGACUUUAUAGACAGAUUUGAUAUUCGCAAAAAAGAGGACUGUGAUUCAGAAUUUGUAGAAAUCCAUGAUGGUUCAUCAGCUCUUUCGCCCAGCAGAGGACAAUACUGUGGUAAUAAACCAGGAACUAUUAAAUCAACGAGUAAUUCCGUUUUUAUUAAGUAUUUAACAGAACUUUCGGAGCCUAAUAAUGGAUUUAAAGCCAAUGUAUCAAUAGACAUUUGUGGUGGGACUAUAAUUUCUUCCCAGGGUGAGAUCACGUCACCCGGGUACCCUAACACGAUACAUUUACCUCCAGGAACUGUACUGUAA